CAGCUCUCGUGUUGACGUUUUGAGUGUUGACUGCAGAAAGUGUGUGUAUGUCGUUUCGAUAUUGAAGUGAUUUUGAAGGUUGGGUUUAUGCCUGAACAAGCCUAGUUGAUGCAGCAGUACAGACAUUUUCCACUAUGUCUGUGCCGAGUACAGAAUAUAGAAUAAGCCAACAUACAUCUGAUAAAGUUACAAAGGCCAAAGUCACAUUGGAAAAUUUCUAUUCUAAUCUUAUAUUUCAAAAUGAAGAGAGGCAGAACAGGCACAAGAAAUUAGAAGAAACUAUAUCAGAGCUUACUGAUGAAGAGAAAGCAGAAAGAAGAAGUCAACAUGCACUAAAAGAGACUGAAUUUCUUCGGCUCAAAAGAUCACGCCUUGGCGUUGAUGACUUUGAGUCUUUGAAGGUAAUUGGUCGAGGUGCAUUUGGUGAAGUGCGACUAGUACAGAAGAAAGAUACAGGCCAUAUAUAUGCCAUGAAAAUACUCAGGAAAGCGGAUAUGCACGAAAGAGAGCAGGUUGCACAUGUACGAGCUGAAAGGGACAUAUUGGUAGAAGCUGAUAACCCAUGGGUUGUUAAAAUGUACUAUUCAUUUCAAGAUCCACAAAACCUUUAUCUUAUCAUGGAAUUCCUGCCAGGUGGAGAUAUGAUGACGCUUCUAAUGAAGAAAGAUACAUUGUCUGAAGAAGCCACUCAAUUUUAUAUCGCAGAAACAGUACUAGCAAUACAUUCAAUACAUAAACUUGGAUUUAUACAUCGCGAUAUUAAACCAGAUAAUCUACUUCUUGACAGUAGGGGUCAUAUCAAACUAUCUGAUUUUGGAUUAUGUACCGGUUUAAAGAAAGCACACAGAACUGAAUUUUACAGAGAUCUUUCUCAAGCACAUGCAAGUGAUUUCGCAAAUAAACCUAUGGAUUCAAAGAGACUAGCGGAAAGUUGGAAAAAGAACAGAAGGGCACUGGCUUAUUCAACUGUAGGCACCCCAGAUUACAUUGCACCGGAGGUAUUUUUACAGACAGGUUACACAACCACUUGUGAUUGGUGGUCACUAGGUGUUAUCAUGUAUGAAAUGUUAAUUGGUUAUCCACCAUUUUGUUCAGAAAGUCCACAAGAAACUUACAGAAAAGUAAUGAAUUGGCGUGAGACCUUAGUGUUUCCACCAGAAGUUCCCAUUUCCACUCGUGCAAGAGAUCUAACUAAAAGAUAUUGUUGUGAUUCUGAACAUCGUAUUGGUGCUAACGGGGUGGAAGAAAUCAAAUCACAUCAGUUCUUUGAAGGCAUAGACUGGGAACAUAUCCGAGAACGCCCAGCAGCCAUACAUAUCGAUGUCAAAAGUUUUGAUGACACUUCAAACUUUGAUGAGUUCCCCGAUGUUGAACUCAAACCAUUGGCUCCUGCACCCAAAGAAGGAGAGGAACACAAGUACAAGGACUGGGUUUUCAUAAACUAUACAUACAAGCGUUUUGAAGGCCUUACCCAACGAGGAGUAUCUUCUAGACAUCCCCUAGCCCAGUCAGCUAUGAAAAGAAGCUGACUUUUCUUAGGAAGAAAAAAGAAAUCGAUCUGAGAGAACAGCAGAUCUGAUCAAUAUUAUUUUCAGUGCUUAUUGUUUCCAAUUAUACCUUGGUCUCAUGGAACCAUGAAGUCUGCAUUUGAGUGACUAUUGUUACCAAAAUAAUUUUUAAGUUGACAAAAUCAUGUUAUCUCAAAGUGUGCUAACAAAAACUACCAGCUGACUUGAUUUUAUAUUCCAUUGUUUGAAAUAUUAUUAUUUUUGACUUUUUCUCUAUCCCAUAGGAUUUUUUUAAGUGAACGGUCUUCCACUUGAAUUCGUCUUCUAGUUUUAAAUGGCUGAACAGAACUGUCAGUGUUAAAGGCAUGUAUCUCCUAGGUGAAGUAUGACUGCUGCCAUGACAACACAGUUGUUGGAUCAGUCUAUUCUAUUUUCUGCCAGGAUUUCUGGCAGUUUAUGCUUAGUGAGAAUAUAUGUUUAUGUGAUGAACAUGACACACAUAAAAAAAGUUUUUGAAAAUUCACUAAUGUGAACAAUUUAUUUUGGGUUUAUAGCUGUGGUUUAUAGCUGUGUUUCAGACUUACAAAGAAGCUUGCCUAGGAAGUUCUUGUGACAGGUAACUCAGCUCAGCUAUGUGAUAAAACUGACUUAGCUAGAAAGUCUUCUUGUGAUAAGGGGUGUGUCAGAGUUGACUCCUUCUUGUGAAAAUGUAACUUAGCAAGGUGGUGUAGUGUCAUGAAAUUGGCUCAACUAGGCAGUUCUCUAUUGAAAUAAUUGACCGAGAGGUUUUCUAUGUGACCAGGUAUAAUUUACCUAGAUGAUGAUGUGUGUUUUAAAGUUGGCUUAGCUCCUCUGACAAAAAAUAAACAUGUGACAAGCCAACUUAGCCAAUUGAUGUGGCAGUGUCUCUGGGUAACAAAAAUUGCUUAUUUGGGAAAUUUUCGUUGUGUCAACUCAAAAUGAUCAUUUUAGUGCUGUGUAUUACAUCACAGUCACUCUCCUAGUAGAGUGACUGUGAUUACAUGUACUUUGAUUUUGGAGAGAUUUGCAUGAAUUAUUUAGUACAGGUAUCUAGCUACGAUUGCAUAGUAUUAUAAAUCGUGUUGAAUGCCUAAAAAAAUAAUGAUUGCAUCUAUCACAUAUUAUAAUCGUCAUAUGGCAGGAUAUGUGAGAGAAAUAAGUUUUGGUAAUCAAGGCCAUAUACAUGUAUGCAAGAUAUCUUGUGCCUAAAAACAAACACCUCAUUGAUGGUCUUUUAAUCACAUUAUUAAAUAGUGCAAAUACAGAUAAUUUAUACCUAAUUGGUAAUAUUUAUUCAUGUCUUGGAUUAUGAUAUGCAACUUAAAUUUUUCCAUGUGUCUAUUCAUUAGCUUAAGAGGUCAGUAUGUUAGAUAUAGUACUCAGCAUUAGAGUGUGUGCAUCUCGUUUAUGUGGUUAAAAACAAAUUAUGUAUCAGUUUUGAGUUGAAUAUGUCGCAGCAAGUAUUUGGAUAAAAGUUAUGGAUAUUCUCAUUACAAAAUGUCCAGGUAAAAUGAGUUUUUUUUUUUAGUGUUUAUAUCGGAUUUGAAAAUGACAGUUUAAACAUGAUUUUGUUCAUUACGAUUGGGGCUUGUCUGUCUUUUCAGUAAUUGUGAUUUUGCCCUGAUUAUUAACAGUUGAAAAAAAGCUGGAGAUAUUUCCCUAUGUGUGAGGGUUCUAGCAAUGUGUGGUGUACUUAAAGGCCUUUUGCAUGACCCGUAAAGGUCACACAGCCUUGUAUCUUUUGGGGGGCACAUUCACUAUUAAGAAUUUCUUGAUUAUUUACUCAACAAAACUGUAAACAGUAUGAUUAAAAAACACUGACAUUGUGAAAUUGAUGGUGUAAUAUUGGAAAUUAUCACAGUUGUAUACCAGGAUAUGUGACCUUCAGAAGGCAUCUGUUCUUGCAAAACGUUUACCUGUUAGAUCAACAGUCAGUUGUUACUGUGCCAAUAUGGGUGUAUACAAAUCAUGUCAAUUACAGGAAAUUUAAAUGAGCACUAAGGCGUCUGUGGUUUUUAUAAUGUAGCAAUGCUUUAGUCUUAGCUAUAAAUAUAACACAGCCUACUAACGCUGUGUAGUUUGCGUAAACUAGUUUGUUUUUUAUUGAGGGGGGCAUUCAUUUAAUAUAAAGGGCUUUAGGGGUCUUCACUGUGUUUUGUUCAUUGGGGGAGGGGGGCUAUGCCCGGUGAAUAAUGAAAUAGAACCAAAGAAAAGAUGUUAAAAUAUGUACAAAUUAAAACAUAAUUUAUUAAAGACCUUCAUGUUUUGAAAACAAUCUUAAUUUCAUGAAAUGUUAAAAUAUGUUUUAUCAAUGACUAUCUUUACAGUACUAACUAAUUAAGAUAUGUUUAGUUUUUUCUCAUCUGAUGUAUCAUUUUGAAGUCUACUUGUGAUUGUUGAAAAAGUCAGCCAUACUUUGUAUGAAAACAAAGUUCUGAAACUGUGUUGUUUUGGGUGUUUGCAAAAUGUCUAAAUUCUAGACGUUUUCAUUCAUGAGUAGGCUUUUAUCUUAAACUAGAAAUCAAGGUACUUUCAGAUAUAAAAUAUGGUAUGGGUUGUAGUUGAUGUCCAAAUAUUAAGCCUCUCCUGCCAUUUCCACUUAAGGAAUAUUAUCACCACAGUUCCAAUUAAAACUACAGCAGUCUCUGAACGUACCGGUAACACUACAAACACAAUUGGAUAGCCAAGUUUCUAGGAGUGACUAUCAACGGGUGAAGUUCUAGCUCGGACUUACCGGUAGUCGUUUGUGUAAUUUUAGCUGUCAUUAAAAUGAACCUUAUUCUGCACACUUAGAUCUUUUUUUUUUAUUAUUUAAAUGACACAGAUUUUUUUAUUGUACAGUUUAUGUUACAAGGUUGAUCAUAAUGUAACCUGACUUACCUAUUCAAAAAUGGAAUGGCUCAUCAGUUUCUACUUUUUCUAUAGCAUGCUGUAUAGGGUCUGUGUUUAUAGUCACUACCAUUAUUUGUGUAGGGAUGUUUAUGAUUAACAAGGUUAUAGAUUUACCAUUUUUGCAAAGUGCAUGCUGCAGUUUUAUUAUUGUUUUAUUGUCUGUAAUAAAGUGUAUAUAAAAUAUAGCAUUUAAGGGAAA